AUGGCAGCAAUGUAUGGGGACCCAACAGACGCGACCUCGCCACAGACACCACAGGGCGGACCGCAUCCCAUCAAGAUUAGCCAGCGCGCGUCAAAGAGCUGUACGGAAUGUGUUCGACGCAAGGCGCGCUGUGACAAGACCAUCCCAUGCAGCCUGUGCAUCAAGCGCGGCGUGACGCACCUGUGCCGACUCGAACCGCAGUUUAUCAUCCCCGACACCUCACCAUCCGUCGGCGGCGUCGCGCCGAGCGAACUCGAGUCGCUCCGUGAGAGCGUCAAUGCCGAGCUCGAAUCACUGCGACAACGCGUCGCCGAACUUGAACGUACAGCUGCUGCUACCGCGCACGAGAGGUCUUUACGAGCAACAUCUGUCGGAUCACGGCCCUCACUGUCAGGCGAGCCCGAUAUAGCGACGGAAGAUGCGGCAACGACUCUUGAGUUUUUCGCACUUGGUGUGGACCGGCGCGAAGGCCCCGAGCGCGAGCGAGUCCAGCACCACUCCAACUCCCGCGCAGCGAGCUCGACCUUGCCUGUCGUGCAGCGAUUCUCCCACCUAGACCACGUCCAACACGAACCGUACGACCGCCCCAUGCCCGAGAGCGUGAUGGAAGCGCUCCUCCCGCGCGAGAACGUGCAGUCCAUCCUGCGUUUCGCAGAGCAAGGCGGCUGGCAGCACGUCUGUGUCUUCUUCCCGCGCCUGUGGGAGGAGCUCGAGGCAUUCUACACUGCCGUCUCUGUGAGCUGGGACCUGGUAGACCCCACAUGGGUCGCACUGCUGUUUGUCCUCAAGGGCAUCGCCAUCCACCAGAUGACAGACCGCGACGCCGAGGCAUGCGGCCUGGCCGAAGGCGAUCGAUACGUGCUCCCCACGGCGCUCAUGUCUGCAGCCGAGGACGCGCUGUACGCUGGCCAGUUCCUCAGUAGGCCAACCAUGUGGACAGUGCAGGUGUGCGCCAUCCUGUCUACCUGUGGACACAACGUGUGCGACUCGGCUCUGCUGUCGUCCCUCCUCGCCAUCGGCAUCAAGACAGCGCAGGCUCUCAACCUCCACGGUCUCGGAAAGCCUUCGCGUCAUCUUGAGCGCGCACCGUCUGGGUCAACACCGGAUCGUGUCCGCAAAGUAAUCGACGUCGAGGUCGGCAAGCGCCUCUGGUGGGCUCUGGCGCAACAGGACUGGUUCAUCAUCCCGUACCGCGGCGUGUGGUCCAUCCAUCCAGAACACUUUGAUACGGGUCUGCCGAACAACUGCCAUGACCAGGACCUCGCCGAUGGCCUCUUCAUCUCCCGUCCUGACUCGACGGCCACUGUUGCAUACAAGAUGAGAAUGUCAGCCCAAGUUGCCUCCGUACUCCAGCGCUUCUUCCAAGAACUGAACCACCGACAAAAGGACACGUACGUGCAGCCGCACCUGAACAACGCUCACACCAGACCGUUCGCAACCGCAGAAGGCGCGGUAAACAAGAUCCAGCAGCUGCUCCAAUCCAUGCCACUGGCCCUACAGCCCGACCCACCACCCGGCGUGGCCCAACCGCCAUGGGCGCCGAUCACGAGGCACUACCUGCACAUUUCGUCCCGGCACAAGUCGCUGGUCAUCUACCGCGCGUUCCUGACGCGAGGAGGCGGUACAACGCAGGAACGCGCCCGUGCGCACGAAGUGUGUAUCGAGCUCGCUGAGAGGAUUCUCGCAGAGUUUGAGCGUGGUCGCCAGCUGGGUGAUCUGGCUGCCGAGUCGGGCCAGACGCUGUGGACCAUCCCAUACCACGCCCUUGCGGCGGCUGUCGUCUUAUCCAUUGACCUCAUCGCACUCAAUGGCAAGCAGCCCGAGGCAGCCAAGCGCCUGCAGGCGGUCAUGAGCUGCAAGGUGUCGUUGGAACGUCUUGCCCCGACAAGCCGUAUUGCACGAAGAGGCAUUCAAGUCCUCAAUGAUCUUCUCCAAGAGGCCGAGCAGGCCGCUUCGGGUUCCGGCAAGCGGCAGGCAAGCACCGACUUGGGCCAGGUGGUGAAGAAGCUCCGUCUCCCCGUGGACCAAGGGAGCACGUCUGGGUCAGACACGUCGACACCACGGCGCGCCGUGUUCCCCGUUGUGAAUGCGUCUCCGCAGCAGCUGCAGGGCGCUGUUGCGCCGGGACCCAGUACCCAAUGGCCCCCGCCACCGACGUACCCGACAUUACUCGAGUUUUCCAAUGACGACACCAACGCGCUGCUUGCGUCUCUGCAUAGCGUCCCGGAAAUCAGCCAGCUGUUCGACGGUACCAUUGGCGCGUUCAACUGGCCAUAG